ACCCUUCGGGGAAAACCAAAACAAAAAAAAAAAAAAAAAUGUAUUCAAUUGAUUUUUUUGGGAAAUUGAAAUGUAUUUAUAUAAAAAACAAAAGUAAUACAUAAAGAAUAUAUCGACCACCUAGUUUCAUGAAAACCACAUAAAAGUUUCAAUAAAAUAUUCUGCAAUGUUGAGAAAUUUAUGCACGGCAUCGCGAAAUUUUGCUAUCCUCCAACAUAAAUGUCCAAAACGGUUAUUUAUAAACUCAGUGAGGUCAAAUUAUAACAUAGCAAACGUUUUGAAAACAAAUAAAGUUCAAUCUAAAAAAGAACCAGGGGAAAUAUACAAAUGGAUUUUAUUGAUGCUGCCAGUGACAUCUUUCGGCCUGGGAUGCUGGCAAGUGUUUCGCCUUCAAUGGAAAUUGGAGCUCAUAGAUAUUAUGCAGUCUAAAUCUAAAGCAACUCCAAUUGAAAUGCCUGAAGAUUUUGAAAAAUUGGAAACAAUGGAAUACAUGCCUGUAAAAGUGCGCGGAGAAUUCCUGCAUGAUAAGGAAAUUCUGAUUGGACCAAGAGCUCUUAUAGACAGUGAGGCUAUGGGUCCUCGCGCAGGCUCCCUGGUCUCUGAUCCAAAAACUAAUCAGGGAUGGUUGGUUGUAACUCCAUUUAAACUUAUAAACGGGGAGGUAAUUUUAGUAAAUCGUGGUUGGAUUCCACAAAGUAUGCGUCCAAAGGAAAAACGUCAGUCAUCAAUGGUCAAAGGAGAGUUGGAACUAGUUGGUGUUGUUAGGCUAACAGAAAAGAGAGCACCAUUCAUGCCCAAGAAUAAUCCUCAGAAAAAUUCUUGGUUUUAUAGGGAUCUAGAACAGAUGAGCGCUCAUAUAGGAUGUGCCCCAGUGUGGCUGGAUGCUCGUGGAAUACCAGACCCACCUUCGGGGUGGCCCCUCCCUAAUCAGACAAGAGUGACACUAAGGAAUGAGCAUCUAUCGUACAUUGUCACAUGGUAUUCUCUUUCAAUAUUCACAGGGCUUAUGUGGCAUCGCUACUUUAUAAGGAAGCUACCAUUGCUGUAAUAUUUAGAAGACUAAUCAAGAAAAUUAUAAUUAUAGAAUCAUGAACACUUGUUAUUUUGUAUAUUUAUUUUUGAAGCAUAGCCAUAAGCUACACAUAUUGUAAGUAGUUGAAAAAGCAAAUGUAAAUAGGUUUUAGUUGAAUAAAAAACGAU